AGCAGUAGCAGCUACCGCAUCUCCCGGUGUCGGCCCGGGCCGCCUCCAUGAGUUCCAUAUACGACCACGCCCAAUUCUCCGCUGGGUCAGUCUGCCACCCACCCCACCUCCCAGUCUCCCACAGUCGCCUCCGCGGCGGCCCUCUGGUCAGAGGCGCACAUAGAUAGAGGGGAACCGGGCAACCGGCACACGCAGGAAGCCAAGUAGCCUGCCCUCAGCCCCUGACUGCGUCUUCUUGCUUCCUCCUGUGCUUCGUUUCUUUGACACACCGGCGGCGGGGCCGGUUCUUAUCGUCCCUCGCUCUCUUCUUGGGUUGCUGCACGCCUCUAUUCCUAUUCUCGGGUUGGGCGGGGCCAAGAAGUGGAGAAGGGCAGGAUGAAGUCCGGCGAGCGGCCGAAGCUGGUGCGGGGCCUCCGGCAGGAGUCUCGGCGGUUCCGCCUGCUAGUCAUCGUCGUCGGAUUCUUCCUCGUCUCCCUGACCUUCGUCGUCAUCUCCAAGCCCGACGCCAUCCUAUUCAGCCUGAACGGCAAGCUACCGGUGGACCAGGCGCCGACAUCCAUCCUGAUCCAGCAGAAGGUUAACUCGCCCCCAGCCACCACGGUUAAGACCUCCACCGACGCACUCCGUGGAGACCCUAGAGUGGUUGAUGACGAAGCUGAUCCAAGACCGCAAGGGUUCAAAGGCGAGGAGGAAGAGAGCCGGGUCCUGAGCGAGCCGGACCCGACCAGCGGGAUGACGGAGCUGACCCCUAACAAGGACGGCAGCGGCCGUAAAUCCGACGAGGAUAAGUUAGGCGGCGGCGGUGACGGCGAGGGGAAAAGGAGGGAGGAGCGUGGGCACGAGGCGGACAAGCAUAAAGUCACGCUCCCAACCGUUUCCAAUUACACUAUUCAUGACACCGAGGACACGGAAACUGCCAAAAAAGAUGAUACAAGUUAUGACCAGCAGGGGAGCAAGCCCCUGUGUGAUUUCUCAAAUUUUAGAGCAAAUGUGUGCGAGAUGCGUGGUGAUGUUAGAGUUCACCCAAAUGCUACAGAAAUCAUGUUCAUGGAGCCUGGCCAUUCGCAGAGAGAUGAGCUGUGGAAAAUUAAGCCAUACCCUCGGAAAGGAGACGAGUUCUGCCUUAGCCAUAUCACUGAGCUGACAGUAAAAUCAAGCAAAGUGGCCCCAGAGUGCACCAAGUACCAUGACAUGCCUGCUGUGAUCUUUUCCCUGACAGGCUAUACUGGAAAUCUGUUCCAUGACUUCACUGACGUGAUGGUCCCUCUUUUCACGACAGCAAGUGAGUUUAAUGGAGAAGUUCAGUUCCUUAUAACGGACAUGGCACUUUGGUGGACAAUCAAGUACCACACUGUGCUUCAGAAGCUGUCCAAGUACCCUGUCAUUGAUUUCAGCAAGGAUGACCAGGUGCACUGCUUCAAGCAUGUCAUUGUCGGCCUCCAUGCUUACAUGGAAUUCACGAUAGACUCGUCGAAGGCUCCACACAACUAUUCAAUGGUUGAUUUUAACAGAUUCAUGCGCGGAGCUUACUCACUGGGCAGGGACACCGUUACCGUGCUUGGAGAGUACCCUAAGGUCAAGCCAAGGUUGCUCAUCAUCAAGAGGCACCGUACAAGGAUGUUCCUUAACCUUGAUGAGAUCGUUGCAAUGGCUGAGGAGCUCGGCUUUGAGGUGGUUAUCGAUGAGGCCAAUGUGAGCUCUGAUAUCUCCAAGUUCGCCAGGCUGGUUAACACGGUGGACGUUAUGAUGGGUGUCCAUGGAGCUGGGCUUACAAACUGCGUGUUCUUGCCACAGAAUGCCACACUGAUUCAGAUUGUGCCGUGGGGAGGGUUGGAAUGGGUAUCCCGUACUGAUUUCGGCAACCCGGCAGAGCUGAUGGGGCUGCACUACAAGCAAUACAGCAUCGGCGUGGACGAGAGCAGCCUCACGGAGCAAUAUCCGAGGGACCAUGAGAUCUUCAAGAAUCCUAUUGCUUUCCAUAAGAACGGGUUUGACUUCAUCAGGCAAACCUUCAUGGACAAGCAAAACGUGAAGCUGGAUUGCAAGAGGUUCAGGCCUAUUCUAUUGGAGGCACUGGAUAACCUCAACCCAUAAAGGCCAUAAAGAUUGUGAUCAGUUGGUUGUUGAGCAUAGCAAUAUGGAUUACUGUAUACAAUUCAUUUUCCCCCAUUCACCAUUCGUUCCUUUUAGUGCUCUUGUUCGUUCUGUCCCUGCCUGAGAAGGCCCGCAUUGUGGAAAUUUUAGGGAAAAAAAGCUGUGUUUACUGUGUACACUGUAUAAAUUGCUGCCGGUGCAAUGGUGGAACGAAAUAUUACUAUUAUUAAUUAGGGGCUCUAAGUCUCUAACACAGUUCCACGUUAA